UCUGGCUGGCUGGGUUGGAUGUUCGUUCCUUAAGACUUUCUCGUUAUUAAUGUGAUAUAAAAAAAUAAAAAUAAAAAAAUUGCGUCUUAAUGUUGUCCUGUUAAAUUCCUUCGAGGGUUGUUUUGUUUUUGCAAUUAUUUGAUAAUGGAUGCUGAACCCCCUUCGAGUUCACCUCAAAGAUUCAAGCUUUACGAUGAGCUGGAGCUGCAAGAGUUUAAGGACAAGUUCGUGAUCAAAUCCCAUCAAUCCCCCAACCAUGGCUUUUGGAUUAACCGUCUCGAUGGAAAAUUCAAUCUACUUGAUGAUGACACAUUCUCUGGAAGUCCGUUGAAGACAUCUACAAUUUAUGGUGUGGUGGGAACAAUAAGAUUGAUUGUAGGAACUUAUGCUAUUGUAAUAACCUCUCGGAAGGAAGUUGGGAGUUUCCUUGGCUUUCCAGUAUAUCGCUUGAUGUCCAUGAGAGUACUUGCAUGUAAUGAAGCUUUGAAGUUUUCAACUGCUCAAGAAAAAAAGGAUGAGGCUUACUUCAUGAACCUAUUAAAAGUAGUGGAGUCGAUGCCAGGCUUGUACUAUUCAUAUGAAACAGAUAUUACAUUAAACUUGCAGAGAAGAAGCAAGUUAGUAGAAGGGUGGAUGAGUAAGCCAAUUUGGAAGCAGGCUGACCCUCGAUUUGUGUGGAACAAACAUCUUUUGGAGGAGCUAAUUGAGUUUAAGCUUGACAGAUUCAUUGUGCCUUUAGUACAAGGGAGCUUCCAAGUAGCAGAGCUGAAGCUAAAAGACUCAAAUGCUACAGUAACAUUAUUUUCAAGGAGAUGUACGCGGCGUUUAGGAACAAGAAUGUGGAGAAGAGGAGCUAACCUUGAAGGUGAUGUUGCUAAUUUCAUUGAAACUGAACAGUUGCUUGAAACUGGAGAAUUCAAGUUCUCCCUUUUGCAGGUUCGAGGUUCAAUUCCUCUUCUAUGGGAGCAGAUUGUUGAUCUAAGCUAUAAACCGCACCUUAGGGUUAUUAGUCAUGAGGAAACACCCAAAAUUGUGGAGCGUCAUUUCCAUGACCUCAUUCAAAGAUACGGAGAGAUAGUAGUAGCACUUGAUCUUACUGAUAAACAUGGUGAAGAAGGACAAUUAAGUGCAGCAUAUGCUGCGGAAAUGCAAAAUCAGCAAAAUGGGAGAUAUGUGCCUUUUGAUUUUCAUCACCACUGUGGGAGCUCAAACUUUGAUAAUCUGGAAAUCCUAUAUGAUCAAAUCUCAGAGGAUUUUGAAAAACAAAGAUACUUCUUGAUAGAUAGACAAGGAAAUGUACUAGAGGAGCAGAGAGGACUUAUGAGAGCAAACUGCAUUGAUUCCCUUGAUCGAACAAAUGUUACUCAGUGUUAUCUGGCCCAGAAGUCAUUAAAUCUGCAGUUGCAGAGGAUUGGAGUUCUGACUUCCUCUGAGUGCAUUUCAAUGUUCGGAGAGGAAUAUGGAAAAUUUAGAAUAUCAUGGGCAGAGCAAGGGGAUGAGUUAAGCCUCGAGUAUGCCGGCACUCAUGCCCUCAAAGGAGACUUAGUUAGAUAUGGGAAACAAACACUAACUGGAAUGAUUAAAGAUGGGGUUAGUGCACUUUCCCGAUAUUACUUGAAUAACUUCCAUGAUGGAAUUCGGCAGGAUGCCCUGGAUCUGAUAAGUGGUCACUAUAAUGUCAGCAGAAACGUUCCUUCUCCUUUCCAGUCGAAUAACUUCGAACCUCUAACAUAUCUCCCUGUGGCGUCUGCUUUGAUAAUUGGUGGUUUGACAGCAACAACUUUCACUAUACAGCAAGCUGGCAAAAAUACGCAACACUAUGUGUCUUCUGUACUCUGUGCUGGGGUAACUGCUGGCCUCAUGGCAAUUGUGAAAGCUAAUGGAAGACAAUUCUGUUCAAGACCUCGUUUGUGUGGUCUCUUGUGAUACAAUUCACUAUCCAUUUGAACUAGACGUAAAAAAAAUAAAAUAAAAUUGUGCGGUCUCAUUCUAGAGAUUGUAAAAAUGAUGCUUUUGUUGUUCAAUAUUUUUUUUUCUAUUAUGUAGUUGUUAUCUAUGAACUUGAUGAGUUUGUGCAUAUGACCACUCAGCUAUCUAUUGAA